AUGGGCUCGUUUUCAAGCGCGAGCCAUGCCAAAUCAUUCGUUGCGGCCGGUACGGUCUCGGUAGUCUAUGCUGUUGACGAAAAUAGAGUCAUCAAAACCCGUCCCUCAUCUGGGGACUUCGAACGCCGAGCUUACGUCGUUGAAAUCCGCUCGUACGAGCGACUUGGAUACCAUGAACGCAUCGCAUCCUACGAAGUGGUCGAGGAAGGGCUCCUGUUGGAACGUGGAACCUGUCUUCGAAAGAUGCUCCAGAGUGCCCGCUCGUCUACCAUUCCUCAGGCGAUGAAGCUUCAGUGGGCACGGGAAGCCGCCGAAGGUCUCGCAUAUAUCCACAGCCGGGGCGUGAUCCAUGCCGACGUGGGCUGUCACAAUAUCAUCGUGGAUCAUGCCAACCAUGUCAAGUUCAUUGACUUCGCUGGCUCCGGCAUCGACGGCGAAGCGCCCCUGGUCUGCUACGAGUGGUGUAGCUUCCGGCCUGGCAUGGAGAUCGGUACCGGCACGGAUAUCUUUGCUUUUGGGUCGAUGCUGUUCGAGCUGGAAACGGGUAAUGUCCCCUACCAUGAGCUUGAGGGGACGAUGGAAAUGGGGGCGUUGGUGACGGUUGUCGAGGGGUUGUUCUCUCAGCAGCAGUUUCCGUCUCUGAAGGGCCUGGUCUACGGGGACGUUGUUUCUGGUUGCUGGGAUGGUAGGUACACUUCGAUGGAUGAAGUCUAUCGAGAUAUCGCAUGCUGCUGUGACGGGCCCAAUGUUGUCCAGAAACCAGGUCCUGGGUGGUGUUCAAAGUAA